AUGGGCUGGGACGAGGCCGGGUCCCAGCACCUGGGACUGUGGGUCCUGAUGAUGCUGGGGGUCUUUUUCCCAGAAGCCUGCCAGGCACACCCUAUCCCUGACUCCAGCCCCCUCCUCCAAUUCGGGGGCCAAGUUCGACAGCGGUUCCUCUACACGGACGAUGCCCAGGAGACAGAGGUCCACCUCGAGAUCAAGGCUGAUGGCACAGUGGUGGGGACCGCUCGCCGGAGCCCUGAGAGUCUCUUGGAGCUAAAAGCCCUGAAGCCGGGAGUAAUUCAAAUCUUGGGGGUCAAAACGUCCAGGUUCCUGUGCCAGGGCCCAGAUGGGACACUGUAUGGAUCGCUCCGCUUUGACCCGGCAGCCUGCAGCUUCCGGGAACUGCUUCUGGAGGACGGAUACAACAUCUACCACUCGGAGACCCUCGGGCUCCCACUCCGCCUGCCCCCCCACAACUCCCCAUACCGGGACUCGGCCCCCCGGGCGCCUGCCCGCUUCCUGCCACUGCCAGGCCUGCUGCCGGCACCCCCGGAGCCUCCAGGGAUCCUGGCCCCCGAGCCCCCGGACGUGGGCUCCUCGGACCCUCUGAGCAUGGUGGGGCCUUCCCAGGGCCGAAGUCCCAGCUACGCUUCCUGA